CAGCUCGGUCGCCUAGCCCACUACACCUUCGACGCAGUCCUCAUCUCCGCUUUCCUCGCCGGCGUCAAGCGCUCCACCGGACUCACCCUGAAACCCGACCAGUUUUCCGAGUCGCCGAGCAUAAAGAAGUGGGUGGAGAACUACCUGUGGGUUGGCGAGACGAUCAUGGAUCAGAGCGUUGCGCUCAUGGGGGCGAGUUCCUACUUUGAGAGGAGGAGAUGA